AUGUUUUUUUUGUUUUUAUAUAAUAUAAUAUUAAACUUGUGCUUUGCUUCAGCCCAGACAGCUGUAGUAUAUAAUGAAAACGAGAAAAGCAUGGAAUUUCACAUUAUACUUUGGAUUUCGGUAACCUUUGUUGUCGCGUUUCUUUCAGGAAUCUAUGGCAUUUUCCAAGUUGCAAAUACCAAGGACUCAUUGCUAUAUUCCAAAAUUGGCACAUCAAGCACCACAAAAUGA